GCCACAGCGACUGGUUCCGCCGCCUCAGCCAUGACCAGCAUGGCAAUGAGUAUGGGCGCCGACUCAAGUUGCAAAAUUUCCGUACACAAUCCCUCCGCUCCCUCUUUCAUACAAUUCUUAACCUCCGGCUUAGAUGCUCUGGAACUGGUACACAGUUGAUUCUUGCUUCAUUGCAAAAUCAUGGCACAUCACCUCCCAUGGCAUGUUCGCCGGCUCCUGCAUCGGCGUCAUCCUACUCGUCAUGUCGCUCGAGUUCCUACGGAGGGCUUCGAAGGAAUAUGAUCGUUACAUAAUCAAACAAGCUCAGCUCAAGCAACAGGCCCACGGACAGGGAACCAUUAAUACCCCCGAUGAUAACGGAUUUGGAAAACUUCCUGUCCGUGUUACCGUCACGGCAAGCGGGGGAAGUGCGAGGAAGUUCAGGCCGAACAUGUUCCAGCAAGUGAUCAGAGCAUUGUUCCACAUGGUUCAGUUUGCGGUGGCAUAUUUCAUCAUGUUGUUGGCUAUGUAUUAUAAUGGGUACAUUAUUAUUUGCAUCAUUAUUGGGGCGUUUCUGGGGUCAUUCGUCUUUAGCUGGGAACCAAUUAGUUUGGGGUAAGCAUCCUAAGGAAUCCGUUUUCUGAAUACGUACUGACUCGAGGCCCCGUAGCUCUGACAACAAGGGAGAGGCAACCUAUUGUUGCGGUUAGAGAGAGGUACAAGGGGCUGCAAGGAGACAGUUGUGCGUCUUAUUCGG